GAGAAACCAGAGACUGUAGCAACGCUGGCAGGGAGCAGCUGUCUCUGAUGGCCUGAAGCUGUGGGCGCUGGCCAGCCUCACCGCUAUAAAAGGAAGCUGCCACUCAGCCCUGCACGUCUGUUGUCAGCUGUCUUUCAGAAGACCUGGUGAGGCAAGUCUGUGGGCACCAUGCUGACCGAUCUGGAGAAUGCCUUGAACUCCCUCAUCGAAGUCUACCACAAGUACUCCCUGAUAAAGGGGAAUUACCACUCCAUCUACAGGGACGAUCUGAAGAAAUUGCUGGAGACCGAGUGUCCUGCGUAUAUAAAUAAAAAGAGUGCAGAAGCCUGGUUCAACGAGUUGGAUAUCAACAGCGAUAAUGCAAUUAACUUCCAGGAGUUCCUCAUACUGGUGGUAAAGGUGGGCGUGGCAGCCCACAAAGAAAGCCACAAAGAGUAGCUGAGUUACUGGGUCCAGAGGCUGGGCCCCCGGACAUGUACCUGCAGAAUAAUAAAGUCAUCAAUACCUCAA